AUGCAGAUAUCGGACCGGAGGCAAACAGCGGAGCGUGUCGCCGAGGCAACUCAUACCGGUGUUCUGCUGUCUACAUGUCUCCUCUCUAUCGGCUUCUGCAGGCACCAUCUUAGCCCCAAUCAAUAUGGUUGCCAUAGCUAUCCAUUUUGGCCGUUUAGAUUUCUCCUGCCCUCCGACAGUCUCGCCUUUUUGGCAUUACUCCAUUUGCUCUCUUCUUGUCUCCCCUACUACCGUGUACUAUUAUCCCUGCCUUCACACACACACACACACACAUCCACAUGUAUCCAUACAUGUCUGUACCUCGUCUCCGGCCUACCGCACUCGGACGGCCCUACCCACGCAAAACCCUCUGGCGUGGCCUUUUCCUCCGCCAUGGUCUGCUUGACUGACCGGUCAGGAGCGUAA